CCAGUGUAACAGGCCGGCCGGCGCCCACAGACGAUGUGCACACGCCUGUAUCAUUCAGGAGGGAAGCCGCGGCGGACAACAGAGGGCUCUCACCUUCCACCGCGAUCUGUACACAGGCACUGAGCAGCAGCUAGCUCAUCUAUCCAGAACCCAGCAGUACUGCCUUUGCUACAGCUUAAAGCCAAGACGUGCAGUGCAGUAUUUACAUCUAGUGGAGGGGCGGUGUCGAUCGAGCGAGGGGCUUUCACCACACUGACGCAUAUACAUCAGGAGGGCUGUACUGUGGCAAUAAUGGGGGAGAGGCAUGCGUCUCUGAGCGGCGUUAUGUGCUGAGCAAACAGGGAAUGGACGUUUCUCCAUUCAGGGAUGCUUGCUGACCGGGGUGUGAAUCCGCGCCGUGCAAUCUAAAGCACACUGAGGUGGUGGUCAACUCAACACCUAUAAGAAAAAAAAAGGGGAAGGAAGCCCUGGCUGAUCUGUAGUCUGUCUGCAGCGAACGAGGAAGAACGAUGCAGCGGCUUCAGAAGCAGUACGUGUUCAGCUGGCGUCCCAAGAUCCCGCAGGCCCUGCUGGACGGUGCCGUCUUCCAUACGUGGGACGAGGAGUCAUCUUCAGUGGAAUUUGACUGCACCUUUAAGACUGACGAGUAUGGGUUCUUCCUCUACUGGAAAGCAGAAGGCAAGGAGGGACAAGUUCUGGAGAUUUCUACAGUCAACGAUGUGAGACCUGGUGCUCAAGCAAAGGUAUGUAACUUUCACCUUUAA